UCUAGACCUCUAGAGCCUAAUUAACUUUUUUUUUUUUUUUAAGUUUGUGGGUGAAGGUCUUGAUCUAUUGGAGGGAUUAACCUGGGAAUCACCAUCCCCUUGAUUCACCUAAAUACCUGAGAAGUUACCUGAGACUAAAGGCGUCAGCUACUGCGCCUGGGUUAUAAAUGGGCUGGGGUUCAAAGUCCACUUAGCAUAAAAGGCCAUACCCUUUGAUUUCACCACGUGAGGAUAUGGAUCUCCAAGUUCGGUGCAAGUUAGCAAGUUUCUAUAGUCUGUACAAACGGCACGGAAAUGCGGUGUAAACUUCACGUGGAAUUGGUUCACAGAUUCCAGGGUGGACGGUUUAGGUACAGAGAGUCCCUACCCGGAAACGGCGCCAAGCCUGUGUAGUGGUGGUUUUUGUUGUUGUUUUGUCUUUGCUUUUUGUUUUCUCCCGAGUCCCUCAGGCAGGUCCCUUAUGCAGCACAGGGUGGUUUGAUCCGGACCUCUGCACCGCCCCCACCCCCUUCUGAUAGGCAGCGUGGUCGUGCUUGAAGGUCCCGCCUUCAGGUCACGUGGGUGCCUUUACCCGCGCUUCCUUACCCGAGAGGUUUGUACUUGGAAGCUGCGAUUUUGGGCUGCAGGUUUGUCAUUUGGGUUUGCGUCGCCACCCUAUCCUACCAGCGCCCCAGCCCCACAUUGCAUCUGCCGCCGAAGGACCCCACCAUGGCCCCUAACGGAAGAAAGCGGAAGGCCGCGCCGGCAGAAACUGUGGACAAGCGAGAAAAACUGGCGGAGGGCCCGGCGGUGGUCAUUGAGCACUGCACGAGCUGACGCGUCUACGGGCGCCACGCUGCCGCCCUGAGCCAGGCUCUGCAGCUGGAGGCCCCAGAGCUGCCUGUGCAGGUGAACCCCUCCAAGCCGCGGAGGGGCAGCUUCGAGGUGACGCUGCUGCGCCCGGACAACAGCCGUGCUGAACUCUGGACUGGUAUAAAGAAGGGCCCGCCACGAAAGCUCAAAUUUCCCGAGCCUCAAGAGGUGGUUAAAGAAUUGAAGAAGUACCUUUCCUAAGGACGUUGGGCAGGGAGCCCCAUGCUGAGCUUUCAUUCCCUGGAGAUGUUGAAGCAUUUAUGAUAGUGCAUGGCCAAACUUAAGCUAUGUACCUGAAGCCAUAGUUUCUUCCUCACCAGAAAUGAUGGUUCCGUUGUGAGGCAGCCCUUGUAAAAGAUAUUUGGAUUGGUUUAAUAAAAGUUAAAGUGUCUGCGAGCAUGGGUCAAAUUUAGUCUUAAAGGAUGGACACAACUAGUUUCGUGGGUUGUUGGUCUUUGUAGUUUUCCUAAUGCAAAGUAACUUCUGUGUGGAAAUUGUAGGGUCUAUAGUAAAACAUGUGAAACGCUUAUUAAAAAAAAACAUGGA